AUGCAUUGCAUGCCGGCAUCUGGAGCUCUGCUUCGACAGGUCCUUCGCACUGGCUUGCUGGAAUGCGAAGAGCUUUGUGAGCAGGACACGGGCUGCAGAGGCUUCGACUAUGACACUAUUCGCGGCCUCUGCAGAACUUUCGGCAUUUGCCCGAGUUCCGCGAGAACCAAUCAAAAUGGAUGCCAGUGGACGAUCUACGAUCAGCCCAGCGAGUCCACAGAGUCAACGACAUCUCUGUUUGAGGUUAAUGCUUCGAGCACCACUCGACGACCGCAACAAGCGGUUGCCAUUAGCGAUGCGGUGGAGGUUGUCUCGGACACCCUCAUCGUGGCUUUCGUGCUGCUGACUUCGUUGGUCAUGUGA